AUAUUUUUUGUUUCCUGAUUUGCAUGAUACCGGCGGCGACCGAGGAUGAGUAGUGUACGUGUGUAAACGAAAACUUCCCAGGGUCUAGCUCGCCUGACUCGCCGCUCUCGGUGCACGCCGUCAGUAGUAACAGCAGCAGCAUUGUCUCAGUAACCGUUCGUUCGUCAGCGUUGAUAGGAUGAUGUGGUUGAAGUUAGGCGCGCUGUGCCUUUUGCUAUCUAGUAGCCCGUUCUGUGAUGGCUUUAGCACGCUGUUCCCCACCGAUCUGGGAUUGGCGGAGGAGGAUGAACCGUUUAUGCCACGAGAACGCGAAGAGCUUGAUGACUGUCACAUACGGUAUAAUCGAUACAUGAGAACGGAAGCGGAGUCCUUGGAUCCCUUCGAACCGUAUCCUGAACCGCGUGAAAAUGGUCACGUAGCUGCGGUUGGAUUGACCCGGAAACCCGGAAACACGAUCGAUUGGCUCUGUAUGGGUACGUUGAUAUGGGAGAACGUAGUACUUACGACGGCUCGCUGCACCAUACAGGAAGGUAACACCGAACCCGAUGUAGUGCGGCUGGGAGGUGGACAGUACUUUCCCGAUUCGACCAUUACUCCAGCUGAUAGUGAGCAUGUGAUCGAGCGUAAGGUCAGUGCCAUCGUAAGGCAUCCUCAGUUCGAUCCCAUCACCGGUCAGAACGAUAUUGCGGUGAUGAAGCUCGAUACGAUUGUCCGUGCCAGUCCCGCGGUUGUUCCGGCUUGUGUGUGGUUGUACCACGAGAUACCCUUCAGCAGGAUGGAAUCCGUAGGACGAUCGGUACCGCAGGCAGGUCCGAAAAGCGAGAUCAUAAACGAAGUGUACUUGCAAAGAAACAAGAACAAGUGUGUAACGCUCGGGCCGGGCAUCUGCAUGGAACGUAACAGGACCAACGUCGUGAAUGGGUGCUCCACUGCCGCCCGCGGGGACAUCUUACAGAGGCGACUUGUUCACAACUUUGCAACUUCCCCCUAUCUGAUCGGUCUUCUAGCAGAUCACUCAUCCGACGGCUCGUGCCCGACACUACGAUCGUACGCUCCGGUGCAUCAGUAUCGGGAUUGGCUUAUCGAAGCAAUGCAACAGCUCGAAACGACCGCAACUCGUUCCUCAUUCCAUCCGGUAGCCUGUGCGCUGCGUUACGUACACGUACGACCACGCGUUGAUAAUUUGCUGUACGAACGUAUAGGGGACAUUCCACGCUUUCCGGUCGGGUUAGAGGCAGACGAGGAGCGUUACUUGAACUACAUCGUGCAGCUGGUGUGGCCACCGGGGUCACCGAAUGCACGAAACAAUUGCGUCGCGACGUUUGUCGAGCAAACCGUGCUACUAACGUUGGCCGAAUGUGUCCUCCCGGUAAACCCGACGGCAGUACGGACGAAACAUCGAUAUCGAAGUGUGUCUUUCGAAAUUGCGGACAUAGUGGUUCAUCCCGAGUAUUCCGUGGACUCAACACGCAACAAUAUCGCGGUCAUUAAGCUAAAGACCCGUGCCGAGGUAGUACCGUCGUGCCCUUGGCUGUACCCCAUCCUACCGGACCGUGUCGACUAUACGGGGAUAGGGAGAGGCAAUUUGAACAAUUUUUUGGCAGAUACACCGGACGAUAGCAGUGAAUCACUGCCAACGUUCGUGCAACCGGCCGUCACCACACAACCGUGGCCAGUUUGUGGUCACUUUUUGGCCAAUCUAGCCGCUCGCAAUCAAACCGUACCCCAGUUCACCGAGGACGAACACCUGUGCUUCGGCGACGAACAGUGGCAAGUGCCCGAUGGUUGCGCGCUGCUGAAAGGUGCUCCGGUACAGCGGUACGUUGUCCGUACCGGGGGUUUUAUCAAACAACUGUUCGGUUUGAGUCUGGCGGGGCAGUUCUGUGGUCUUGGAUUACCGUCAGUCGCGGUUGCGGUGGCACCGCACGCGUCCUGGCUCCGUUCGGUGGUUCUCAAACCGCUCGUCCAAGCCGGCCGGUCCACGUCCAAGGGAUCCUCGUCGGCUCUCAUCUUCAUCAAUCCGGAUCUCAAGCGAAGCGACGAGUGUACCGAUGGACGCGGAUCACUCGGUAUAUGCGUUCCGCAUGAAGAGUGUCUUAGUACCCGGGAGCAGCUAAACAGCGGUGGACACGUCACACUCUGCACCAACGGUUCCAUCAUCUGCUGCGCCUGGGGUGAUAUCGCGAGAGGCAACCGGCCAGCGCAACCGACCGUCAGUCCGGUGCAGGCGGAACUGGAUGGUUGUGAGGAUCGAUACCGGGCAGUGCGCGAGGAGCGGUUCGUAGGGUUUCAGGAGAACGAAGAUGACUAUGGCAAUCUGCCCAGUGUGGCCGAGAUUGGUUGGGCGAUGUCCGGUGGUAAGAUAUCGUUCCCUUGCACCGGCCUCUUGAUCACACUGCGAACCAUCGUCACGACUGCUCGCUGUGUCGAGAGUAACGGUCGUAAGCCGACGGUGGCACGCAUCGGAUCGAUAGGAUCGGGUCCACAGACGAGCUAUCUGCUGCCACCGAUCCGCAGGGUGACGGUACACGAAGAUUACGAUGAGACGAGCGGAUUGCACAACAUAGCGCUGAUCACCCUGUCCGAGCCGAUCGUCGCGACCCCGUUCGUCUAUCCCGGAUGCUUAUGGAAGAACCAGACGCACCUCCCAGCACGAACGGAACUACUAUCGCUGAAUGAUUAUGAACCACGGAUCAUCACGCACUUUGUGCACCCGAUGUACUACAGCGAGUGCCGCGAGCGUCUAGCAGAUAGCACCACGGGACUGCUGCUGAACGGGCAGAUGUGUAUGUUGCGCGAAUCGCCGGAAUCAAAGUUCAUACACACCACGCCGUGCUUCGCGACCGGGAGCAUUAUCAGGUGGGAAAAUACUACGGCAGAUCCGGAAAUCAUAGACGCCCAGUACCUGGUCGGUCUCUACAGUCAUGGCGAUUGCAGAGAAAACGACGACGUCAUGUUAGUGAUACGAGUAUCGGACUACUACGAUUGGAUCGUUGGCAACAUAAAGUGAAAUGAAGCGUCACCGCGGCGCAUACUUUGUUAAUGUUUGUAGCAAUCCAUUGCUGGGUAAUGUUCACGGAGUAAGGUGGUAUUCGCUUUCACGAGAAAUACAAAAUAUGAACGCGAGCUAUCGCCGUGGAUGCAA